UUCAGCAACAUGGCGGAGGCUAGUGUGUCAGUUUCUCCGGACCAGUUUAGCUGUCCAAUCUGUCUUGAUCUACUGAAGGAUCCUGUGGCAAUUCCUUGUGGACACAGUUUCUGUAUGGAUUGUAUCACAAGCUGCUGGGAUCAGGAAGAUCUGAAGGGAGUCCACAGUUGCCCACAGUGCAGACAGACCUUCACACCAAGGCCAGUUCUCGGGAAAAAUACCAUAUUGGCUGAUAUGGUAGAGAAGUUAAAAAAGACAGGAUUAAAUUCUGUUUCGCCAUCCCCACUCUAUGCUGGACCUGGAGAUGUGGAGUGUGACGUCUGCAUUGGGAGAAAACGAAAGGCAGUCAAGCCCUGUCUGAUGUGUCUGUCCUCUUACUGUGAAACUCACUUCAGAGUUCAUAAUGAUCUUAACCCAGGGAAGAAACACAAAGUGAUUGAAGCUGCUGGUAAACUAGAAGAUCUGAUCUGCUUUCAUCAUGAUAAACUACUAGAGGUCUUCUGUCGCACUGAUGAGAGGUGCAUUUGUAUGCUGUGUGUCAUGGAUGAACAUAAAGGACAUGAUACAGUUUCAGCUGCAGCAGAGAGAACUGAGAAACAGAAAUCGUUGGCUGAUACUCAGAGAAAAUCCAAACGGAUCAUCCAGGAAAAAGAGACUGAACUGCAGGACCUGAGACAGGCUGUGAAAACUCUUCAGAGCUCUGCACAGGCAGCAGUGGAAGACACAGAAAGGAUCUUUACUGAAAUGAUCCGCUCCAUUGAGAGAAGACGCUCUGAGGUGUCAGAACUGAUCAGAGAUCAGGAGAGGGCUGAAGUGAGUCGAGCAGAAGAACUCAUGAAGAAGCUGGAGCAGGAGAUUGCUGAGCUGAAGAAGAGAGAUGCUGCGCUGGAGCAGAUUUCACACACUGACAACCCCAUUUGUUUCCUUCAGUGCGACCCAGUCUGCUCUAUCAACUUUGACGCCUACAACUCCGGUAAGCGACCUCCGGACAGCGUCAUCUACGCCAACAUUAAAAGCAGAGGUGCUCUGGACUUUACACACGGUAGCAAAACAUCAGUCCUAUAA